AUGAGUGGCAACGGCUAUUUUGGCGAGGGCACCAACCCAGACAUGAGUGUCUGCGUCAUCCCAAGAGAAUGCCGUAUCUGGACACGAGGCAACUGCCGUAUCUCAUUCUGCAACAACGAGGAGUAUGAAGUCUGCGAUUCUGCCUCUGGCUGGGGUGGAAGAGCCAGAGCCAUCGAGGACGGCUGCGCAGAGGACACGGGUGGUUAUCAGUCACCAGCUCCACCCGCGGAUUGGACCGAGGUCGCUAUCAGGCUCGCCACUGAAUGGCGCCUGAUGUCUACGGCUGCAGCGACCAGCUACAAGGAGAUCACUGUCGAAGAGAACAAAGCUGAGCUUGAGACUCUGGUGGCAGAGAUCGACAGUCUCGCCGCGGCAUCUCAAGUCAACGAAUUGGAGAGCCGGCAAGCGGACAGGUUCGCAGACGUCGUAACAUCCUACAACGUCUACAUGCCCGGCUCCGCCGUCUUCGUCGCCCAAGUCCCCAACAACGGCGCCUACACCGUCUCAGAAGCAAAGUCAGAGACCUUUUCCAUCACGGCAAGCGCCAGUCUGGGUGCAAGCGCAUGGGAUGCAGUCAGCGCAGAGAUUGGCGUUUCCGCCGGUUUCUCGACUACCAUGACCAGUACCACGUCUGUUACUAUCAACAUUGACUGCCCGGGUGGAACUGGUCAGGUCUACUGGCGUCCCUUCUUUGACUCGUAUGUGGGUACGCUUGAGGCGGAUGGGAGGAGGGUUACUAUUUAUGUUCCCAAGGAUACGGAUGCUUCGCGCAUGAACUAUGACUACCAGUGCACUGGCUAA